AUGAGGAGGAUGAAUUGUGGUAAAUCACGACGUGAAGAAUGCAGCGAAGAGUGUGCUGGAGGAAAUACGGAAGAAGAAUUAGAAGAAUAUGCUGAGAUCUUUGAAAAUCUCGAAGACUAUCGUGGUGAAGCUAAGAAGAAUCGACCAAAAGGAAAAAAUGAAGUUUCAGACUCAGACUCAGAUUCUGAUACAGAUACAGACACUGAUUCUGAUACCGACUCCGACGAUGACACAGAUACCGACACAGAUUCUGACAAAGAGUCAGAGACCGACAGUGAUGAUGACGAUGACGAUGAUAAUGAUGAUACAGAUGAUGACGAUGAUGAUGAAGAGGAAGAAGAAGAAGAAGAAGAAGAAUCUGGAACUUCGAAAACUUUAAAAAAGAAAGCCAAGAAUAUACUCAAGAGCAAACGUACCAAUAAAAAAUCCAAACAUCAUAAUUAA